AUGCUUUAUUAUGUUCGUAGUUCCUACUUUGAUUUCUCGCAAAACCGUCGUCUCUCCUUCCACUAUAUCUCCCCUCCCACUCCCUCUGCGUCCUGUUUAUCUAUCUCACUCUAUAUCUCUCUCCCUCCUGGCUCUCCCUACCUUCUAUUUCCCUCCCCUAUUCCCACUUUCUCUUCAUCGCCUCUCUCGCCCUCCUCUUUCUCCACAUAUAUCCCCUCCCCUUCCUCCUACGCCUCUCUCUCUUCAACGCUUCUCCCUCCCCCUCUCAGCCAUUCCUCUCUAUCUCUUUCACGCCAUUCUCUUUUCCUCCCCGCUCUUUGCCUCCCCUAUUCCGACUCUCUCUCCGUCACCUCUCUCUCCCUCCCUUCUCAUCUCAUAGAUCCAUUCCCGUACCCACUUCGCUUCUCUCUCUUCAUCUCUUCUCCCUCCCCCUCUCUGUCAUUUCUUUCUAUCUCCCUGCGUCUCCUCUCUCUCUCAUUCCUCUCUAUCUCUCUCACUCCACACUAUCUCUCUUCCUCUCCGCUCUCUCUCUCCCUCCCUCCUAUCUCCCUCCCCUAUCCCCCACUCUCUCUUCAUCGCCUCUCUCCUCCUCCCUUCUCACCUGAUAUAUCCAGUCAUCUAUCUCUUUCACCCGUCUUUUUAUUCCCUCUCUCUUCCUCCAAAUUCUAUCUCUGUCGGUCCGUCCCCUCUUUCUCUCCAUUCCCUCUCCCUCUCUGUUGUCUCUGUCCCUUCCUCUCUCUCCCGUACCCUUCCUUCCUAUCUCCCUUCCUUCUGUUUACCCCUCCCUUCUCUCACUUUCUCCUUCUUUCAUUGGUGAAAUCUAUAGCUUCAUGUGCCAAGGCAUUAAAACAUAGUGGCGAUCCAUUACGUCUCGCAACUAUUUCUUUCUUUCUUUCUUUCUUUCUUUCUUUCUUUCUUUAUUUCUUUCUUUCUUCUUCUUUGUUUCCUUGCUUCUUUUUUGUUUCUUUGUUUCUUCUCGCUUUCUUUCUUUCUUUCUUUCUUUCUUUCUUUCUUUCUUUCUUUCUUUUUAGUUUCUUUGUUUUUUCUGUCUUUCUUUUUUUUUUUCUAUCUUUCUUCUUCUUUGUUUUGUUGUUUCUCCUCUUUGUCUUUCUUUUUCUUACUUUUUCUUACUUUCUUUCCUUCUUUCUUUCUUUCUUCUUUUUAGUUUCUAUGUUACUUCUGUCUUUCUUUCUUUCUUUUUUCUAUCUUUCUUCUUCUUUGUUUCUUCUUUAUGUCUUUCUUUCUUCUUUUUUGCUUCUUUGUUUUUCCCCCCCUGUCUUUCUUUUUCUUACUUCUUUCUUCUUUCUUUCUUUCUUUCUUUCUUUCUUUCUUUCUUUCUUUCUUCGGUCUUUCUUUUUUUCUAUCUUUCUUCUUCUUUGUUUCGUUGUUUCUUCUCUUUGUCUAUCUUUUUCUUUCUUUCUUUCUUUCUUUUUCUCCUCUCUUUCUUUCUUUCUUUUUUUUCUCCUCUCUUUUUUCUUUCUUUCUUUCUUUCUUUCUUUCUUUCUUUCUUCGGUCUUUCUUUUUUUCUAUCUUUCUUCUUCUUUGUUUCGUUGUUUCUUCUCUUUGUCUAUCUUUUUCUUUCUUUCUUUCUUUCUUUCUUUCUUUCUUUCUUUCUUUCUUUUUCUCCUCUCUUUCUUUCUUUCUUUUUUUUCUCCUCUCUUUUUUCUUUCUUUCUUUCUUUCUCUUUCUUUUUUUUAUCUUUCUUCUUCUUUGUUUCGUUGUUUCUUCUCUUUUGUCUAUCUUUUUUUUCUUUCUUUCUUUCUUUCUUUCUUUCUUUUUUUCUCCUCUCUUUCUUUCUUUCUUUUUUUUUCUCCUCUCUUUUUUCUUUCUUUCUUUCUUUCUUUCUUCGGUCUUUCUUUUUUUCUAUCUUUCUUCUUCUUUGUUUCGUUGUUUCUUCUCUUUAUCUAUCUUUUUUUCUUUCUUUCUUUCUUUCUUUCUUUCUUUUUCUCCUCUCUUUCUUUCUUUCUUUCUUUCUUUUUCUCCUCUCUCUUUCUUUCUUUUUUUCUCCUCUCUUCUUUCUUUCUUUCUUUCUUUCUUUCUUUCUUUCUUUCUUGCUUGCUUGCUUGCUUCUUUAUAGUUUUUUGUUUCUUCUGUCUUUCUUUCUUUUUUCUAUUUUUUUCUUUGUUUCUUUUUUUUUUCUUUCUAUUUUUUCUUUAUUUCUUCUUUCUUUUUCUUUCUCAUUUGUUUGUUUGUUUCUUUCUUCUUUUUGUCUUUCUGUCUUUUUUCUUUCUUUCUACCUUUUUUCCUUUUCUUUCUUUCCUUCUUCCUAGCUUCUCUGAUUCCUUACUUUUUUCUUUCCUUCUUUCCUUAUUUUUUCCUAAUUUCAUUCCUUUUCUCUUUCUUUCAUUCAUUCAUUCAUUCCUUACUUAUCCUCCGUUUUUUUCUUUGUCAUUCUAUGUUUUUCUUCCAUAUUUCUUCAGCAUUCACCAAUUCCCUUGUCUUUACACUCGAAAUAAAUUUUCCUUCUUUUUUUUUCUAAUCUUAUUUUUUCUUUUGAAUCGUUUUUUUCCAUACCUAUAA